AUGUCAUCUUCUCCACAUGGUGAAGCAGGUAAAACUGCUCAAGAUUAUCGUGAGCUAGAAAGCAAAACAAAUUAUUCACCCACGCAACAUUAUCAGCCGCAUAGCUUAAAUUUGCAAGAACAACAGCAACAAUAUCGACAUGUUUCUCAACGCGCUACUGAAUCAAUAAAUCCUUUGAAUUUAAAGCGUGAACUAUAUUCUAUUAAAGAGCAGGAAGAGUUAGGUGAAUUAAAAUCUGGUUGUAAAGAAACCACCAAUCAGGAUAUAGAUUAUGAUGCUGAUGUUGAUGAUGAUGUUGUGGGUGAUAAAUUGUUGGUGCAUUCUGGCCAGGAUACUCGUGAGAGUACUGCGGAAAAGGCGCAGAAAACUUUAAGCGAGAAAGAGCAUAUCUAUGAACUCUUCCAACCUUGGGCUAUAAAAACGUAUGGCGAUCAUUCGAAAACCAAGACCAUAACAAUGCGUAAGAAAGUGCGUAUUUUGAAGGCUUUAGAAGGCAAAGAGCAUAGUCGUCCGGAUAGUUCAAAAUUUCGUUUUUGGGUUAAAACUAAAGGCUUUACUACAAAUCGCCCGGACAAUUUUUUGGAUGCUCCUUGCACUCCACAAUGUUUAAAACCAUUGCCUCCGGACGCAGUUUUGUCUGAUAAUCCAGCUGAUGUGAACUUAUAUGUGGCCUCGACGUCCAAGGAUUUGGAUAAACGACAUUAUCGCAAAGUGGCUGUGGUCGAGGAAUUUUUUGAUAUAAUAUUUAAUAUUCACAUGGAGCUGGGCGGUAGAAGUGGUUUGCAUGCGGGCCAAAAACGUACCUAUCGCAUAAUAUCCGAGACUUAUGCUUUUUUGCCGCGGGAAGCAGUAACUCGUUUCUUAUCCAUUUGCCCUGAGUGCAAAAAAAAUUUAAGGCCUUCUUCUCCAGCGACUUGUAGAGCAGAAGUGCCACAGAACGAAAGCUCUUCAGAAGUUGAAGCAUUGAAUUACUCAUCGCAUACUGAAAGCUCUUUGGAAGCGGGUCCCACCACAAAAAUCUCAACAAAGUUCACUUCAGUUAGUGGGAUAUCAAUCUCCGCAGCGAAGCGGCGAAGAUAUUCUAGUCCCGAUAAUAGUUUAAAGCCAACUAUUGCAACUCUAGAGACUAAAAAGCAUUCAGAAGAUUUAUAUAGACGUAAAUCAAGUCCUCCGAUUUCUGGUCCGGGAACUCGUUUGCCAAAAAUACGUGUAAAUCCGUAUUUGCAACGUCCUUUUACGCCACCCAUACCAGAAAGUUCCAAUUUAGCUGAUUCUCCGUAUGGGUUGAGCUUUGAUUUUCAUACUUUGAAAUCACGUGAAAAUUUAAUGCGUUACUAUGAUUUUAUGAGACGACUAUAUGAAGGCAACUUGCAAAUGUCCGUUCCACAAAUUCCAAAUAUAAGUUUUGAGAAAAAACCGCUACAAACUGCUAGCUUAGCAAAGCAAUCGCAAAAAAAACCUGUCCAAAAGCCUUUAGAAAGUUCAAUUACGUCUUCAUCAGAUGAUGAAACUGAUAAUGUUACCAUUAUUAAUCCCAAACGUUUUAAAAAUUCCCCUGAAAGCUUAUUAUUGAAAAAAGCUCUAGAGUUGCCUCUAAAAGUACCGGUUAUAAAUAGAAAUACUGUUUCUACUUGCUUUAGUACUUCUUCUUCUUCUUCUUCUGCUAACACUCUAUCUCAGGCUUGUGCAAUUAAUCUCUCCAAACAAACUUUAUCUGUUUUCAGCUCUGCCCUUGAAACUCCAAAAGCGCCGAAAACUGCUUCUAUGCCUACGACGUCAACACCUACAUCAGUGAAAACAGAAGCUAUAACACCGCCAAAAUCCACAAUAACAACAAGUUUACGCAUUCCGCAAAUACGUUCAACUUCAAUGUUACCACCGUUAGAUUUUGAACAUUUAAAACCGAUUACGUCUACAUAUUUGCAGUUGACGCGCAGCAUGGGCUUAAGUGAUGAAGAGGCUUUGCGCUUUGAUAAUUUGGUGAGUAACGAAACUAACCUUAGCUUGUAA